AUGCCGGCCGAUAUUAGAAGCUUUUUUGGCGGCAAGCCUGCUGCGCAGCCUGCAAAAGAAGAGUCAACAUCGGAAGAAGCAAUGCAGGCGGAAAUUUACUCACCCCGCUCGCAGGCAAAACCCGCCGCCAAGAAGAGAGGAAGGCCGGCGCGCAAGGUGGUGGAGGACUCGGACGACGAAGAGGAGCCUCCCAAGAAAGCAACCCCCAAGAAGCCGGCUCCGAAGAAGCAAGCCAAACGUGAAGCGACACCUGAGGGCGAAGCCACCACAGCCUCAGCCUUCUUUGGCGACAAGAAACCCGCUCGCUCCGCCCCCAGCAAGGCCUCGAAGGCUGCUGCGAAGACCGAAACGCCCAAGUCCACACCCAAGAAAGCUAAAGCCAGCGACAAGACGGCUGUCACUCCUACCCGUACCUCCGCUCGAAAGAAGAAACCCGCGACGUAUUCUGAAGUGAAGGACGAGGACGAGGAUUUUCUGGACGAUGAUGAGGACGGAGACGACAUUUUCACGGCUGCUUUCAAGAAGAAGGGCAAACACGCGGACGAUUACGAGGAGAGCUCCGAGGACGAGCCCGUAGCCCUGCCACAGCGGCAAGCAAGUGGGAGAGGACAGAAGAAGCUCAAGGAUGAGGGUGACUUCGAGCCGGAAGCAGAUGUCGACAUGAAGGACGCCAAGCCGGAGGACGACUUUGUAGUCCCGGAUGACGAUGAAGAAAUUGUUGAUAACAAGUCGGCGAAGAAGGCUAAACCAGCUGCGAAAGCAGGCAGGAAACGCAAGUCAGCUGAGACGGAUGAUGAGCUUGAGGCAGAACCACCCAAGAAGGCUCGCGGUAAAAAGACGUCACCAGCAAAGAAAAAGGCAAAGAAGGAUGAGCCUGAAAAUGCUGCCAUGAAGGAACUGCUGGAUAGUAUCCCCACCGUGCGGCCUCCAUCUCCACCGCCGAAGGAUGGGGAUGCCCCUAAGAAGUUCAAUCCCUUUAAGGCUGGUGCUCAUGCAAAUUCUGGACCGGCGCCUCAAUCCGGAGCGCUCGACAUUCCAGAGGGAAAGCCGAACUGCCUUGCAGGGAUGACCUUUGUUUUUACAGGCCUGCUCGAGUAUCUUGACCGUGAAGCUGGGCAACAAUUGGUCAAACGCUACGGCGGAAAAGUCACGAGUGGGCCAAGUAGCAAGACCAGCUACGUGGUCCUAGGCAGUGAUGCUGGUCCCAGCAAACUGCAAAAGAUCAAGCAGUUCAAGCUCAAGACAAUCAACGAAGAAGGACUAUUUGCCCUCAUCAAGAAACUGCCUGCUAAUGGAGGUGACAGCAAGGCUGCUGCAGCGUAUGAACAGAAGCAGGCUGCCGAAGAGAAGAAGAUCAAGGAAAUGGCCGAAGAGAUGGAGAGAGAAGAGCGUCGCAAGGGUGGCGCUGGUGGUGCUGGAGGUGGCAGUGCCACUGCUGCUGCUCGAAGCGCGGCAAGUUCGCAAGCCCCUGGUUCCCAAACAUCGGGCUCACAGUCCGCUCAAGACAACCGUCUAUGGACCGUGAAGUAUGCCCCCACUCAACUGACCCAGAUUUGUGGAAACAAGACCCAGGUGGAGAAGCUUCAACGCUGGUUGCGCAACUUCCCGAAGAGUCAGAAGAAGGGCUUCAAGUUGGGAGGCCCUGAUGGAAGUGGCCUUUUCAGAGCUGUAAUGAUUCACGGCCCGCCAGGAAUUGGCAAGACAACUGCAGCACACCUCGUCGCCAAAAUCGAAGGGUACGAUGUCGUCGAGAGGAACGCUAGUGAUGCGCGGAGCAAGAAGCUUGUACAGGACGGUUUGCAGGGUGUCCUCGAGACAACGUCGCUUCUCGGAUACUUCGCCGGUGACGGGAAGAAGGUUGAGGAGUCCAAGAAAAAGCUGGUGCUGAUCAUGGAUGAAGUUGAUGGCAUGUCUGCUGGUGACCGAGGUGGGGUCGGAGCGCUCGCCGCUGUCUGCAAGAAGUCUGAAAUCCCCAUGAUUCUCAUCUGCAACGAUCGUCGUUUGCCAAAGAUGAAGCCUUUCGACUACGUCACCUACGACCUUGGCUUCAGACGUCCAACGACGGAUCAAAUCAGAUCGAGAAUCAUGACUAUCAUAUUCCGUGAGGGUCUCAAGAUGCCCAAGAACGUCAUCGAUGCUCUGAUCGAGGGGACCAGUGCGGACAUCCGACAAGUCGUCAACAUGGUCUCUACUGCAAAGCUCGACGAAACAGCCAUGGACUACGACAAGAGCAAAGAAAUGUCUAAGGCAUGGGAGAAGCACAUCAUUCUAAAGCCCUGGGAUAUCGUUGGCAAGAUUCUCCAGGGUCACAUGUUCUCUCCGACCAGCAAACACACGCUUAACGACAAGACUGAGCUCUAUUUCAAUGAUCACGAACUGAGCUACCUCAUGCUUCAGGAGAAUUAUCUUGGCACCAACCCCAUGCGUGUUGGCAAUCAUCAGGGCAAGGAACGCAAUUUAAAGCUUCUCGAACUGGUCGACAACGCUGCGGAAAGCAUAAGCGACGGUGACUUGGUCGACAGCAUGAUCCAUGGCUCUCAGCAGCAGUGGAGUUUAAUGCCAACCCACGCCAUGUUCAGUUUUGUUCGGCCUGCGAGCUUCGUGGCCGGCACCAUGGCAGGCUUUAAGACCAAUUUCCCACAAUGGUUGGGUAGGAACAGCUCGCAAGGCAAGCUCACACGCAUGAUCAAGGAAAUCCAGGGCCACAUGCGCUUGCGUACAUCUGGAGACCGUCACGAGAUUCGUCAGCAGUACGUUCCUAUUCUUUGGAACGAGCUCGUCAAGAAACUUGAGGUGGAAGGCAAGGAAGCCGUACCCGAAGUCAUCGAUCUCAUGGACAGCUACUUCCUCACCAAGGAAGACUUUGAUGCGAUCAUGGAACUGGGCGUGGGCCCUAUGGACCAGGAGAAGAUCAAGAUCGAGACGCAAGCCAAGGCGACCUUCACAAGGCUGUAUAACCAGCAGUCUCAUCCUAUCCCCUUCAUGAAGGCCUCCUCGAUCGUCGCGCCUAAGCAGGCUGUCAAGGAGAAGCCUGAUCUGGAAGAGGCAAUCGAGGAGUCAGAUGAGGGUGAAGUGAUGGACGAGCCAGACGCGAAGAAAGACGAAGAUGAGGAGGGUGACAUCACAAAGGACAAGUACAUCAAGCAGCCGAAGAAGAAAGCUGCGCCGAAGAAGAAGGCCACGAAGAAAUCGGCGGCUGCAGACGACGACGACGAGGAGGAGGAGAAGCCGAAGAAAAGUAAGGGUAAGGGAAGGGCGAAGAAAUGA